AUGCAACCUCAACAAUAUACUGAGUCUCAAUCUCAAUCAAAUACUUACCCCAAUAAUAAUACCAAUAAUAAUCAUCAGCAUCAUAACAAUCGCCAAAUUCUUCAUCCUACUAAAUAUGGCCCUCCUUCACACAUAAAACCAAGACCCUAUAGCAUAAUGCUUGAAUUGUUAGAAACUCAAGCUAAUAAAUCAUUAACUAAUGAAUAUUAUUCUGAAGUUACCAAAACUUUAUCUCAUUUAGAAUCAAUUAGUUCCGUCAACCCCGCCAUGAUUGAUUUACAACCCGAAAUUCAAUGGUUUAUGAGACCAUUUUUAUUGGAUUUCCUCAUUGAAUUACAUUCAUCUUUCAAAUUACAACCUCAAACUUUGUUCUUAUGUCUUAAUAUUAUUGAUAGAUAUUGUGCUAAAAGAAUUGUAUUUAAAAGACAUUAUCAAUUAGUUGGUUGUACUGCAUUAUGGGUUGCUGGUAAAUAUGAAGAUAAAAAACUGAGAGUACCUACAUUAAAGGAAUUAACUAUAAUGUGUAGAAAUGCUUAUGAUGAAGAAAUGUUUGUUCAAAUGGAAAUGCAUAUUCUUAGUACUUUAGAAUGGUCGUUAAGUCAUCCUAAUUUAGAAGAUUGUCUUCAAUUGGCGAUUAAUUCUUCAAAUAUUGCCAACAAUACUACUCCAACCAAAUAUAAUAAAUUAUUACCUUCACCAGCUUCAAAUCAUAAUAAUAGUGCUUCAACUUUAUCUGCUGUUACCGCUAUUGGAAGAUUCUUAUGUGAAUUAUCCCUUUAUGAUAAAUGCUUUUUAUCAGUUCCAACAUCAUUGGUUUCUAUAACCGCUAAUUUAUUAGCUUGUUCAAUGUUACAAAUUCCAAAUGGUUCUAAUUCUUUAUUAGAAUUAAUGAAAAAGGCAUUACCUAAAAAAUCAUCAUUAAACAAUCGUCGUCAAGGUCAACAAACUCUUUAUGCCAAUAAUAAUGAAAGUAACUAUAGUCAUCAUAAUAAUAAUUCUUUCGCUAAUAUAAGACAUGCCAGCUUUGAUACUGAUAUCAUUGAUUAUGAUGAUACUGAAAAUGAUGAUGAUGAUGAAGAGGAGGAUGAUGAUUUUAUUGAAACUGAUGAAGAACAUAUUGAUGAAGAUGAAGAUUCAUUUAUUGAAAAUAAACAACCUGAAGUUCAUGGAGCAUUUUUAAGUGGUUUAGAUGAGAAUUCAUUAUUAUCAAUUAAAAAGAUUGCUUUAUUGUUUAUAAUUCAAUUAAGUAAAGUCACUGAAGUAUUAUCUAAGAAAUAUGAAACUUUAGGUGUAAUUCAAGUGAUUAAUAAUUUCCAUACAAGAUUCACUUUUAUAAUUCAAUCAAUUUAUGAAAAUCAAGAUUCUAUUAUUUCUAAUCCUGAUCAAGUUGAUUCAAAAUUAAUUCAAUUUUCAGAAGUUUUAUUACAAUUUCCAAAACUUGAAGAAGAAAAAUCAAAAGCUGAUAAAUUUUAUCAUAACAGUAGUAGUAAUGAUUUUAAACCACCUCAAUCACCAUUUAUAUUCAGUUCAGCUACUUUGAAUCUUAAUAUUAAUACUAAUGAUUCAAAUCAUUUACCAGCUCCUGCCACUCCACCAUCAGCCAGUUCUCAAAACUCAGUCUUUUCCAAUAAAAGAAAUAAUAGUAGUUCUACUUGUGUUACACCAAUUCAUGCUAAUAUGGCAUCUUCAUUAACUUAUAAUUCUGGUUCAUCAAGUAUACUUCGUAAUAAUAGUAAAAUGAGAAUCAGUAAGAACAGUGGUAGUUCUAAUAAUAAUUCAACCAAUAAUUCUAAUAAUAAUAAUAAUAAACUGCAUCAACAUAAUUCAGCUGCUCCAACUAAUAGCAGUAGACUGGAAUUUUCACCAUUGACAUCAACUACUACUGUUGAUAGUAAUGGAAACGUUUGGUCAUCUCCAAUCAUGCAAAACAUUUAA